GACACUCAGUUAUGAAACUGCAGCCGGUCAUGUAAAUGAAUAUAUAGUUGUAUAACUCCGAAUAUUUCAAAAAUAUGGAUGGGGUAUUUUAAAUUGCUUUAUAACUACUCGAAACCUCAUGAUGAUUUUAACAUCGGUGAGAAUACAAGGACAGAGUUAUUCUUGUGAUAAAAAGGGGUUUUUAAUUCCGUCAUAGAAAUUAUGCAGCAUGAAAGCAAUACCAGUAAUGUGAAACAUCUAAAAACGUUUGACGUGAGCUCUUCAGAAAUGAGAUCAGCUAGCAUGCAUGAAAUUGUAAACAGUUGUCCUUCUGUUCAGAGUGAUCGAAUUACAAGAUAUGCAAGCCCAAAUCGAUUUGAUAUUCGUGAUGCCCCAAGAAGUUUUUUAGAUUCUUAUAGGGCUUACAGGUAUGGAUAUACAACAUAUUUCCAUGAGCUAUUGUUUUAGAUAUUCACAAAACCACGGAGUUAAUUUAAGUAGAUCGAAACUCCGUUCAACAAUGCCAACAAGUUUUUCUUCGUAUGCAGUCCCUUCACUGAAUGAAGUUACAUCUUCCAUGUCUACCUCAAAAUCCCUGGAUAUAAAUGUUGUCAAGAAUCAAGAAGAACUACUUCUUCAAGGUGGUGACAGAUGCUGUGAUAAAUAUAUAUCAUCCAUAUGUGCCAAGAAAGUAUCUACUAGAAAUCAACCAGUGGGCUAUGCAAACAGUGAUCAGUUAAACAGUAUUGAAAGACAUUCAUCUGAUCAUAUAACUACAUGCAGUAGUACUCCUAAUCAUAAUUCCAAUUCAUUUGUAAAAAUUUCUCAUCAUCAUACACCAAUUACUACAUCCCUAAUUUGUUCCUCUUCUCCUUCUUCUACCAUUUAUACAAAUGAACCAUUGGUACAUCGAAAUUCUCAUCCAGACCAACGUUAUUCAUCAUAUUGUCAAGCACCUUCAAACCAUACUAUGUCUACUUCUUUAUCGUAUUCGGAAAUUUCCAAACUGAAUUUAUCAUCUCAACAACAUUCAGUUAUAUCUCAAUCUAUUAAUAAUGAUAAUAAUAACAAUACUGUAUCUAAUGACGCCAGCAGUAGUAAUAAUGAUCGAUUAGAAUCUACAAUUAAUUGUCAUAUUGUUGCACAAAAAGAAUUUGAACAAACAUGGGACAAACAUAAUUCACAUGUGAAUUACGACUCAUGUAUCAAAACACCAACAACUGAUCCAAGAGAUUAUUUAUCAACUAAUGAACAAAUUGAAAUGAAUAAGAAUAAAACUAGUGAGAAAAUGAUCACUUUUAUUAAUCAUCAAAAAAAUCCAUAUAUCAACCAUAAUAUUAAUCUAACUGAAGAUAAUGAUGAUAAUACACCAAUACAAAAACAAUAUGUUUAUCCAUUUAAAGCAAAUUCAUUCCGUUCAGUUAAAAAUAAACAUAAAAAUUUUAAUAAAAAUAUGAAUAGACAACAACAACAGCAACAAAAAAUGAGAUCAAAUUAUGAAAAUGAAAUCAAUUUAAAACCAGAAAUUAAAUUAGUUGAUUCAAGACCAAGAACAAGAUUAUGUAUUCAAUCAGGAAUAGAAACUCAUACAAAAACAAUGACACUUCAAAGAAACUUAAUAACCGAUGAUAGUUUAAAUAGUAAUGAUUUAAAUAUGAUCGGUUAUAUUUCAUUACCUAAUCAAAAAAUAUCAACAAGAAAAAUAAUCAAUAAAUUAUCAACAUCACCAUCAAUGCCAUUACCAAAUUUAAUCUCUACUGAUCAUUGUAUAUAUAAUGUUAAUUUAUCUGAAAUCGAUCAUUAUAGUGAACCAUAUAAUAGUAGUAGUACAUGUGAAUCAUUAAUUGAAUAUAAACAAACAGAUAAAUUAAUCAUGGAUAAUCAAAAUGAUCCAGAAUUAACAGUGAAGCUUGAUAGAAUUGCUUGUGAAAUUGGAUUAUUACAUCAUCAGAGAAGAAUGGGACGUAAAAGUUCACUAUCUUCACAAUGUAAUGUUGAUGGUUUAAUAUCAAUAAAUAGUCCAUGUUCAGAAUCCAAUUUACCUAAAGCUGAUUUGGAUCAACUUUUAACAUUGGAAAUAUCAACUAUUGUUUCUAAUCCAGCUUAUGUUAGUUCAUCUAAAAAUGAUACAACAGUAACAACAACAACUCUUCAAACAAACUCGACAUCUUUAAAUAAUUCAAAAAUUACCGAUUCAAGACAUAGAACUCAUUUAUCUCGAGUUGAUUCAUCUUCAACUAAUAAUAAUCAAAUCAAAUCACAAAAUCGACCAAAUAGUACAGGUAGUCGAAUUAUUAAAGAAUUUCUACGUCAUAUAUCACCAAAAUUAAGACGUAGUUUGUCAAGAAUUUCUAGUAGAAAAAAAUCUGAAAAUCAAAAACCAAAUCAUGAUGAUAAUCAUGAAACUAAUCUUCAACCUUCUUCUAAUUCAUUUGAACGUUGUAAAUCAGAACGUAUCUAUCCAAAAAAAUCACUUCUUCGAUUUAUUCCACGUUGUUCAAGUCGUUCAAAAGAACGUAAAAGGAAACAGGUCUCAACUACAGAAGCAAAUACUCAAAUCAUUCCAUCAUAUUCGCUGAAUACUAAUAUUAUGAGAAGUGAUACAAAUAAAACUACAACAGAUGAAGAUAAGAAAUCUAACAAUUCAUCAGAGAUCGAUCAACAAUCUCAUCCCUUGUCUCAUGAUCAUCACCGAGAUCAGUAUUAUUCACGUUAUUAUGAAAAUUAUUUUAACAAGCAUCCACAAUCACGUCCUGUAAGUAUCGCUUUGCCAGUUGACAAGGAUAGAAAUGAUGAAAUUACAUCUCCACCGUAUAAUCAAUUACAAACUAAUUGUCAGCUUAAUCAGAAUAGCACUCUGAAAACUAAAGAAUUUGAUCAUUUGACUUUUGAUGAUCGUCCAGAACCGACUUACCUUAAUGCUGCUUUAAAUGCAUUUGGUUAUGGUUGUAAACCAGAUUGGAAACAUUUUUGUGUUUCCCCAUCAGCUAGACGUUUGGCUCAUGCAAGACAGUCAAUGAAAGUAAAACAAAUUGAAGGUGAUUCAUGUAACACAACUUUAUCUAACAAUAAUACAGAAUAUGAUGAAAUUUCAAACAAUAAAAAAAUGGAUUAUGAUGAUCAUGAAAAUGAGAAUAAAAUAACUAAUGAGAAAUGUACUGAUAGUAAACUUAAACAAACUAUUGAAUAUUCAUGUGAUAAUGAAACAAUGAAACAUGUAAAUGUACCAAUAAACGAAAUACAAUCAAUUGAUAAGUGUACAAUAAUUGAUAAUGAAACUAUAUUGGAUACAGAUCAUUGUAAAGUGUUUAUUGAACAACAGAAUAAUCAAUAUAAUAUACAACAUAAAGAUGAUCCAAUAAUUUUAUCCAAAUAUGUACUUGAUAAAUCUAGAAUAGAUCAAAAUAGAACUAAUGAAUUAUUUGAUAAAUCUACUAAAUUAAAAGACAAUACUACUUAUCAAUCAUCAGAUCAAUUGUUAAUAAGUCUUACGACAGAUGAUAUGGAUGAACAGAAUGAUGAUGAUGAUAAUAAUAAAAUGAAUUCAAAUAAUAUUAUAUUAGCUAUUAAAUCUAAAACACCGCCAAUAAAGCGUAGAAACACUGCAUUUGCUAUUAAAGCUAAAUCUGCUAAAUUAAAACAACCUUUGAAUAUAUUUAUACCAGCAAACAUUCGUUGUCAUAAUAAAUUAUCAGCAGCAAUAUCUAAAACGAAUGAAACUGAUUGUAUUCAAUUGAAAAAGAAAGAAGAACUUACAACUUUAUUUGAAGAUGAACAAUCAUUAAAGAAUCAAGACAUUACUGCUACUACUACUAAUACUACUGAUACUACUACUACUACUACUACUACUACUACUACAAUUAAUAAUAAUAAUAAUAUACCAUCAGAUAAUUUAUCAACAUUAUUCUAUUCAUCACUAUCUAGAUCAUCAAGUUUGAAUGGAAUUAAUGAAUUAAUGAAAAGGUAUUCAUCUUCUUCAAAUGAAUUAUACAAUCAUUCAGACACUGUUCAUAAUAAUAAUAAUAAUAGUCCAUUUGAACAUCUUAAAAAUACUGAGAUUAAUAAUAAUUCUUAUUUAGAAUUAUCAACAAAUAAUGAUAUAGAUUAUGUAAUUCAUCUAUUGAAAUAUAUACAAACAUUUGAAUAUCAAUUAAUGAAUGUGAUUCAUUUAGCAAGAAAUACAAUUGAUCAGAAUAAUCAUUCUAUAAAUGAUGAUGAUGAUGAUGAUGAUGUAUUAAAAUUGACAAAUGAGAACUUAAAUAAUGAUGAAUUAUUAACAGGUAUUGGUCAUAUACAAAUGUUAAUAAAUGGAAAUCUUACAAUGUUACGUAAAUUAUGUAAAGUUUACUUGGAAACUAAUACACAAAUAAAAAAACAACAAUCAAUGAAUUACAUUCCAUUAAAAAGUGAUUUAGAAGGUUAUUGGAAUUUAAUAUUAUUACAGUAUAGACGUUUUGAAUCACAAUUUCCAAUAUUAGUUAAUUGGAUUUCAAAUGAUUUUCGUAAUGAAUUAAAAAUACUUAUUAAAGAAUCUCUUGGUGAUCUACCUAGCUGUUCAUCUGAAUUCAUUAGUUCUUCAUAUAUGAAUAAAGAAUGUAAGAAGAACUCUACUAAAAAAACAAAUAUAGCUUCAUAUAAAAAGAAAUUAUCUGGAAUCAAUAAAAAUCAUGAUAAAUCGAUACAAUUACAUAGAACAAUUCAACAACGUAUUAAUAAUGCACGUAAACAAUUAUUAGAAAAACAAAAAAUUCUACAUGAAAAACAUAAUAUGACUAUGAUUACAAAUGAAAAUGAUACUGGUGAUAAUUCUAUAUGUAAAAAUACAUAUUUUUAUACAAUUGAAUAUUAAUGAAAAAAACAUGGUUAAGGUAUACAUUUUAUCAUAAAUAUAUAUUCAUAUAUAUAUAUAGUGUCUAUGUAAUAUGGAUACAUCAAUAGCCUUCUAAAUUAUAAAUUCUUUAGUUGUCAACAUAAAUUAAGUAUAUAUUCUUCAUAGGAAUUAUUACAUGUACAGUACAUAUCUGUGCAUAUAAUUUUUGUAAAUAAGUUUGAUGAUAUAUAAUUCAUUUCUUCUACUCAAUACUGUUCUGUAUUGAUGAUGAUGUAAUACAGAUGAGAAAUUUUAUUUUUUUUCUUCUUCAUGUAUCACUUUUUCGUCAUAUACAUAAACAAUAUUGUACACUAUUUCAUUUUAUCCCUCUUUUUUUCUUACUUGUCUAAUGUCUAUAGCAAUAGUAGUAGUAGUAGUCGUGGUGGUGGUGGUGGUGGUGGUGGGAUUAGUAUUAGUACUAGUAGUACUAUUUUCAAUCUAUGUAUCCAUGGAAAUUAAUUUUCUCAUUAAUUUCAAUGUUUAUUUUUUUUGUUUUUUAAAUUAAUUGAAACUUCCAAAUUUAUCAUCAUUACUUAGGAGAAGGUAAAAGAAUAUUCUACAAUAGAAAUGAAGAUUUAUCAUGUUUUUUUUAAUGUUUUUCUUUUUUCUUUUCUUUUCUUUUUUUUAAAAAAAAACAAAAGUUAUUUUUAUCACAAUUUUUUUUUCGUGUGUUGUUUAUUUUGAUUGGUCAAUAUAUAAAUAUUUUUCUUUAUUUUUCUUUAUAAUAAAUAGAAUUACUUCUAUUCAUAUGUGUAUGCAUUGAAUAGGUUUUUGUCAAUGAAUUGAUCUUAGAGUAAUGAACAAUGUGAUUUUUGUUUAAUACUUUAAUAUGGAUUACAUUGUAUCUAUGAUGUUGUAGUAUGAUUAUUAAUCUGUGUAGAAAUCGCAUGCAUCAUGUUACAAUUUUAGAUGAUUGAAAGAAGGUCUACAGGACGCUGUGAAUCUUGUUAUUCAGGACUCGUCAGAAAGGGAUACCUCGCUGUAACGACCUGCAUCGUUUAUCGAUAACAUUUUAGACUGUGAAGUUGAGUAGUAUGGAUUUGCAGUCCACAAGGAGGUAUUUCUUGCUAAAGUGUAGUAAAUAUCACGAAACGUAAGCCUAGAAUUAGAUGAAUAUAACACUGGUUACCAUUCAUUCGUUCAUCAGAAUAAAUAUAUUUUAGUGGCCCGUUUAUCUGACACCCAGUUAGACGAACUAAUGGAUAUGACAUGAACAUUAAUCUUCUGUUUGGUUUUGUUUAAGCGGUUAUAGUAAUAAGGACCCAAAUAUGGAUCAAGUUGAAUGAAUUUAUUUCAUGUACUAGUUUAAUCAGACAGAUAUUAAAAACAAGAAGCAGGAAAGCGAAACAGAAAAGUAAAUGUGCCAACUCCGCUUGAUAUAGUGUGUGAUGAAUGAAGUAAUCAAUACACACACACACUCUCAAAUAAAAAUAUUAAAGGUUAUAAACGAAUAAUUAAUAAGGUCAAAGGAAAGUAAAUUAUUUAGUAUGUCCGAAAGUUAGUACUACCCAUGUGGACGGCAUAUAGUAACAAAAUUUAAAACAUAGAACCUACAAGCCUGUUUAGCCAAAAUGGCUCAGUGGUAAUGUCCUUAACAGUGGUAUUGCGUUGAAUAGGUUCACACUGCAUGAAGAACACCAUUCUUCUCUUAAAUAUGGAUACGCUUUAGUAUCGAUUACUUACCAGAGCAAACCCUGUUUAGACUGAGAUUACUGUUGUUUUAGUCCAACCACCUAACAACAGUUGUAAAGGUGUCUAGCAUCUGUAAAGACACUAAAGUAUUAGAUUCUCAACUUACAACAAAAACAGUCAGAAAUACUUCAGACGUCUCAGAUAUAUUCAAAAGCAUGAGUGACACGCAGUGUGAUCGAAGGGAUGUAUAUGAAGAGAAAACUCUUGCAUUUAUUAAGCUAAAAGAUAAAUGAAAUGAAAGUACAAAUAUUCAUUGCAAAGAUACUAUCUAUUAAGGCUUAUUUAAUCAGUAUGGCCUAUUGAUAAAGCUAUGGAUAGCUGUAUUUGUGCUAUUUUAUUAAAUACUCUAUGUUUAAAGGCAGUGAACUGUAAUCCUCCAGUAAGAAAGGGAUUAAAUGAAAAUGGGAAUAGCCAGAAGAAAUAUAUGGGGUAAUGAAUACCACUUGUUUGUUUAGACGUGUGUCCGAUACUGUUAUUAUCUUGGACAAAUAAAAUUUUUAGAUUUACCACGAGAAUAUUUGAGAUGAAUGGUGUUCGAAUGUGUUGUACAGUCUUUAGUUAAUAGGUCUUUAAGUAUAUUACUUUAUAAAUUGAAUAGGUUCUAGAUCAAGUGGUUUAACUCUAGCACUUUCAUUUGAAGAUGUGAUAGUCUUGAGUUCAAUCCUAUGUAAGAUUGUUAAUAGAUACUAUUGAUUUCCCAAAACUACAACUAAUAUUAGCUCAUACUAAAUAAAUCUAUUUAAAUAAUACUAUAUUCAUCAUUUUUACAGUGUACACACUAGUUCAAGUACUGUACUAUUCAAGCGUUCCAAUAAAAUUGAUAGUUACAAAUAAUGACCAUAUUCUAGUCAUUAAAUGAAUGAGUAUGAUUGUCAUUAGUUUAUUGUAUACAACUAUGUUUGUUUGAUCUUUUUUUUUUCUGGAACGUUUUUCAUAAAGUAUAGGUUUACUACGAAUUAGAUUGUUUAACAUUGUUGACAAUGCUAUAAAGAAAUGACUACAUAAAUACAUACAUAUACAUUGUAUAGUAAUGAUUUAUUAUCUAAAGGAUAAACAAUGAAAAUUAGUUAUUUUCUCUGUUCAAUUGUCAUUAUGAAUUCAUACUUUAUGAUGUUAUAUUGUUGAAUAUUGUCAGUUUUUGUAUUUCACUUUAAUGAGAUUGCCGCUUAGUUUGUUUGUUUUGAUUUAUUGUAGACAAUUCUCCGUCUUUCUCUCUUCCUCUCUAAAACAAAGUUUAUCGAUUGUUAAGAGAAUAUAUAAUUCAGAUUGUAUGUUUAAACAAUUUAUGAAGUUUGAUUUUAGUAAGGGAUUGAUAUAAACUAGAGUGAUUGAAUUUCAUGGAGUUGUCAUGUCCUUGUAUGCUGUUGAGAUAUUCAGAAAAAUAUCCCAACAAUUAUCCUGUUAAGUCUAAUGCUAUCCUUGGACUUGGAAUGGUAUCAUUUUCCUAUUGGUCAAUACUUAUUUCACGUGUCGUUUCCCUACUGGUACGAUGUGGUCUGUUUGAUUGGUAUAUAAACAGAGUAUGUUUGAAAUAUAGUGAUUC